AUGGCGAAAGGCGAAGUGGUUCAGGCCGACAAGAGCGUGUUCGGCAUGCCGGGCUUCGUGGUCGACUUCUUGAUGGGUGGUGUCUCCGCUGCCGUCUCGAAGACCGCCGCUGCUCCCAUCGAGCGUGUCAAGCUUCUCAUCCAAAACCAGGAUGAGAUGCUCAAGACCGGUCGUCUCGACCGCAAGUACAACGGUAUCGUCGAGUGCUUUCGGCGGACGUCCCAGCAAGAGGGUGUUCUCUCCCUCUGGCGUGGUAACACUGCCAACGUCAUCCGUUACUUUCCUACCCAGGCCCUGAACUUCGCCUUCCGCGACACCUAUAAGUCGAUGUUCGCCUUCAAGAAGGAGCGCGAUGGCUAUGCCAAGUGGAUGAUGGGCAACUUGGCCUCCGGUGGUGCUGCCGGUGCCACCUCGCUCCUCUUCGUCUACUCGCUCGACUAUGCCCGUACUCGUCUCGCCAACGACGCGAAGAACGCCAAGAAGGGUGGUGACCGCCAGUUCAACGGUCUCGUCGAUGUCUACAAGAAGACCCUCGCCUCCGACGGUAUUGCCGGUCUCUACCGUGGUUUCAUGCCAUCCGUCCUUGGUAUCGUCGUCUAUCGUGGUCUGUACUUCGGUAUGUACGACUCGAUUAAGCCUGUCGUCCUCGUCGGUCCUCUUGAGGGUAACUUCCUGGCCUCCUUCUUGCUCGGUUGGACCGUCACCACCGGUGCUGGUAUCGCUUCCUACCCGCUUGACACCAUCCGUCGUCGCAUGAUGAUGACUUCCGGUGAGGCCGUCAAGUACAAGUCUUCCAUGGAUGCUGCCCGCCAGAUCAUCGCCGCCGAGGGUGUCCGGUCUCUCUUCAAGGGUGCUGGUGCCAACAUCCUCCGUGGUGUUGCCGGUGCCGGUGUGCUCUCCAUCUACGACCAGGUUCAGCUCAUCCUCUUCGGCAAGAAGUUCAAGGGUGGAUCUGGUUAA